AUGUUGUAUGAUGUCGAAGUAUUUGGAGAAAGGGGUACCAUAACCGCUGGAUUAUUCUUCCUUUACUUUCUAAGAUAUGCGCUAUUAUCUUCCCUUCAAACUAUGAUUCCUGCUGUCAUGGCUGAAAGAAUAUUCGCUUCACGCUAUAUCAGCGACUAUGAAAAUCGCAAUCGCGCUUGGAUUUCGUAUAUGGUUAAUGGUGGUGCCCUAACGCUCGCUGCACUGUACUAUAUUCUCGUUCAAUUAAUAUGCGUUGGUAUAUUCACUACGAUUCUUCUUGCAGCAGUCACUCUUUCUAUCACUAUAUUCUCAUCAGUAGCUAUGGUAGUCGUUUAUAAGCGUGAUGCAGCUAAGCUUCAUGAACUUGGGAGUAUGACUGGGCGUUCAACAAUCAACUACGCAUUGAGCAUGAAGUUCCAGUUGGCUGAAAAUGUUCGCGUCACAAAGGUAAAGCUGCGGAACCGAGCUGUACUAGGACGUUAG